UGCAGCGGUUCUGCACAGAGCGGCGGAGAUAGUCGCGACUCAUUGAACCGUGAAGCGUGGCUUAUCCUUGCACUUGAACAAAAUAUGUAGGCUCACCGGAAUCUGCUGGCAAGAGACAAACCGGAGCGGGGUGUCAAUGGGAAACCUGAUGGGCAGUUUGAGGUACAAGGAGCCAAGCACCAUAGAGGAAUGCGAUUCGACAUGGGAGACAGACUCGGAGAGCGACGAGCACCAGGGAGAGGAGGACAGCGGCAUCUCCGAGUCCAUCAGCCCCUUGGAAUCCGGAAAAUGUGCGGAGUUACCGGAAGCCUCUCAGCAGUUGGUGGUGGAGACACUGGAUACUGCCAAGAUAAAGAGAAGCUUUUAUGCAGCCAAGGAUCUCUACAAGUACCGCCAUAGCUACCCGAACUAUAAAGAACCGCGGAGGCCCAACGAGUAUCGCAAUUUGAGGUUCUACCUUAACAAGAUCCCCCUGGUUCCUGACGGCAUCUACGUGGAGGAAAUCCUCAAUAAGUGGCGCGGCGACUAUGAGAAGCUGGAGCACAAUCACACAUACAUCCAGUGGCUGUUUCCGCUGAGAGAACAGGGGCUUAACUUCUUCGCUCAAGAACUCACUCAGGACGAGAUCAAGGAAUUCCAAAGCACACGGGAGGCCAAGCGACGUUUCCUGUUGGCUUACACCAUCAUGUUGGACUUUUUCGGGAUCAAGCUCCUGGAUAAAAAUGGGAAUGUGGAUCGGGCCGCGAACUGGCAGGACCGCUUCCAGCACCUGAACGAGUCUCAGCACAACUACCUGCGCAUCACGCGUAUCCUGAAGAGCCUGGGCGAGCUGGGCUUCGAGGCCUUCAAGCCGCCGCUGGUGCGCCUCCUGCUGAAGGAGUCGCUGGUGGAGGGCACGCUGCCCAACAUGCGCCACAGCGCCCUCGAGUACUUCGUCUACACGCUGCGCGACCGCGCCCAGCGCCGGGCCCUCCUGCGCUACGCCCAGCGCCACUACCAGCCCCCCGACAACUUCGUCUGGGGGCCCCCGCGGAAGAGGCGCCCGCCCGGGGCCGCGGCCACGCCAGCAGGGGUCGCGGUGGCGGGGGCAGCCCCUGGAGGUGGGCCUGUGACGGCCAGGGUCCGGUCACCCACUCAGGAAGGGCCGGUCAGCGGAGGAGGAGGAGGAGGAGGAGGCCGGAGAGGAGGCAACAGGGGUCAUCGCUCGCCCCCGUUAGUAGAGAGGGAGGAAGAUGAGGAU